GAUCACUGCUGGGGCGAGCCUCCUUAAUAUAUCUCCAGGUUGCGGGAAUGAGAAACGCCUUUUCGGUCGGAGGCCAGGGACAGCAAUCCGCUCUUCCUUUUUCUUAAGACGCUCCGCCUCGCUUCCGUGUCGGGAGCAGCUUACCGACGCCAUUUCCGAUACGCCUCGAUCCCCGAAAUAUCGCCCGAAACUUUGUCCCGCUACCAACUUAGCUACCCUUCCUUCUCGAAACCUCCCUCCCCUACUUCGUUUCCGGUUUCCGCCGCGAGUCGUAGGAAGUUUCAGACCGGCGUCUGACGAUCGGCUGGAAACCUGACGCACGAGCUCGGAGAGUUGUCCCGAAACCAACGCGCGACUCAGUCUCUCCUAUCUCUUCUCUCGUCUCCGCCUGGAGAAGUCGCGGGGAGCUGUGGGGCGGGCUUUCCUGCAGGAAGUGUGGGAUUCCGGCACAGUUCGGUUUUUCCGGCGAGUCAAGACCUCGAUCCGGUGCUGGAAAUCUGACGCUAUGCGUCCGUUUCUCUUUCCCUCCGGUGGAAGACGGGUCAUGUGAGUUUCCCGACGAAACCGCGGCGGAGAACUCGCCGGAUUCCGUGCAAUGAAGGCGCCGACGAGCGCAGCGGCUGCAAAUGCCGGUGAUGGGGAGAAGAAGAGCAUCAACCCGGAGCUGUGGCAAGCGUGCGCGGGUCCGCUCGUGUCGUUACCGCCGGUCGGGACUUACGUGGUCUACUUCCCUCAAGGCCAUAGCGAGCAGGUUGCAGCUUCUAUGCAGAAGGAUGCAAACGCUCACAUCCCAAACUACCCAAAUCUUCCCUCAAAGUUGAUUUGCCUCCUUCAUAAUGUCACAUUGCAUGCGGAUGCAGAGACAGAUGAGGUGUAUGCGCAGAUGACACUUCAGCCAGUCAAUACAUAUGAGAAGGAGGCACUACUGGCAUCAGAUCUUGCACUCAAGUUGAAUAAACCGCAACCAGAGUUUUUCUGUAAAGCAUUGACAGCCAGUGAUACAAGCACUCAUGGAGGCUUCUCAGUACCCCGCCGUGCAGCAGAGAAGAUCUUCCCUUCUCUCGAUUUCUCAAUGCAGCCUCCUGCCCAAGAACUGGUGGCCAGAGACUUGCAUGAUAACGCAUGGACCUUCCGCCAUAUUUACCGAGGUCAGCCAAAGAGGCAUUUACUUACGACUGGCUGGAGCCUAUUUGUGAGUGGAAAGAGGCUGUGUGCUGGUGACUCCGUCUUGUUUAUUAGGGAUGAAAAAUCACAGCUUCUUUUGGGCAUUAGGCGGGCUAACAGACAGCCUAUAAAUAUAUCGUCAUCUGUUUUAUCAAGUGAUAGUAUGCACAUUGGGGUUCUAGCAGCAGCAGCCCAUGCUGCUGCAAAUCAUAGCCCCUUCACCAUAUUUUACAAUCCAAGGGCUAGUCCUUCAGAGUUUGUUAUUCCUUUAGCCAAGUACAACAAGGCAGUUUAUAGCAAUCAAAUAUCCCUGGGCAUGCGGUUCAGAAUGGUUUUUGAAACUGAGGAGUCAGGAACAAGAAGGUAUAUGGGGACAAUUACAGGCAUCAGUGAUCUAGAUCCUGUAAGGUGGAAAAACUCACAAUGGCGUAAUCUGCAGGUUGGCUGGGAUGAAUCCACUGCCGGUGAAAGGCGUAACCGGGUCUCAAUCUGGGAGAUUGAACCUGUGGCAGCUCCAUUUUUCAUCUACCCCCCACCAUUUUUCAGAUCAAAGUGUCCAAGACAACCAGGAAUGCCGGGUGAUGAAUUGUUGGAUAUUGAGAAACUUUCCAAGAGGACAAUGCCAUGGCCGGGUGACGAAAUUUGCAUGAAGGAUCCUAUGUCUCAGGGUUCUGUACUACCCGGGCUCAGCUUAGUUCAAUGGAUGAACAUGCAACAAAAUCCCCCACUCUCUAAUGCAGCAAUACAGCCAGGCCUUUUGCGCUCGUUUAGUGGACCCUUGGUCCAAAACAUGACUGCAACUGAACUGUCCCGUCAGUUGGGGUUGCAGGCGCAGGCGCAGGCAUUACAGCAUAGCAACAACUUACAAUUCAACAUUCCAAGGCCACCACAACAAGCCCAGCAUUUCAAUCAGCUUCCGAAGCUACCAGCCAUAUUGAACCCAUUAGGCUCCACUAAUCUACCUCAUCAACAACAGCUGGAUGCCAUCAACCAGCACCAGAGGCAGCAGCAAUUAACUAAUCUAGCACUUCCCCAGAACCAAAUGCAUUCCCCAAUCUUACAGCCUCAGGUUCUAGUCCAGAACAAUAUUCAGCAGCCACAGUCGCUGAUCCAAAACCAUCAACCCCAAGCCAACCUCAGCCAAAGCCAGCAACAGCAACAGCAACAGCAACUGCUACAGAAACAGGAACAGCAACAGCAGAUUGUCAGUCUAAACCAACAGCAAAAUCGAAUGCCGGUUCAGCUUCCCCAGCAAGCAAACCAGCAGUUACCUCUAUCCGAACAUCAGAUUCAGCUGCAACUGUUGCAGAAACUUCAGCAACAACAGCAGUCACUCUUGUCACAACCUGCACUUCAGCAGCCUCAACUUACCCAGCUCCAGGAGCAGCAAAGGCAGUUCUUGGAAGUACCGCAUCAUCCAUCAAACCCCAAUUCCCUUUCUCAGCAGCACAUGAUCCCGCAGCAGACAGUGAAGAAUACUCAAGUGGGUGCCCAUUUUUCCCAACCGAUGCAGCAACAGUCACAACCGAAGCUUCAGCAGCAGCAACUUAUGCUGCCUGAGUUGCCUAUGUCGGUACUUCCUCCACUGCCAUUGACCAAUCUGCUCUCAACUCCCACUGGCUCUUUAUUGACAGCCGGAGGAUCACAAUCAGGGCUCACUGAUGAAAUCCCAUCUUGUUCCACAUCCCCUUCUACAAACAACUGCCCUGUCCUUCCAACACCAAUUAUGAAUGGUACCCACCGUGGAAUGGUCUCAACAGAGGAGAUGGCUCAAUCCGCAACGACAAUUUUUAGUCCAGGCACAUUGGAAUCCAUGACGACUAACUUGAAUGUAACUAAGGAGUUGCAGAAAACUGAUGGCGACAUCAAGCCAUUGAUUCCCAUUUCCAAAAAUCAAAGCCAUCAUGCGCCCACUUUGCAGACAUAUACAAGUGCUCCACAGAUGGAUUGCUUGGAUGCAUCUUCUGGAACGUCAGUAUGCCUCUCUCAGACUGAUGGGCCAUUGCAGCAAAACAAUCUGUUGUCACCUUUCAAUCCAUCAGCGAUGUUGUUCAGAGACACAACUCAAAACAGUGAAGUUCAGGCCGAUCCUAGGAAUAAUGUUCUGUUUGGAGUUAACAUCGAUGGGCCCUUGGGCAUACCAUUGAGUCCCGAUCCUCUGCUAGCUAAGAACAUUGGACCGGAGAAGGAUUUCCAAAAUCAUCUCUCAUCUGGAAACAUGCUCACCAACUAUGGUGGAUCUAAAGAAGUGCACGAGGAGCUCUCAUCCUCCCUCGUUUCUCAGUCCUUAUGGGUCCCAGACAUGACAUUCAGUCCUACAGUCCCCAUCGAUUCUACAAUCAGUGAUGGUGGCUUCUUGAAUGGAGGCUCAUGGGCUCCUCCCCCUCAGUUUCAGCGAAUGCGUACCUUCACCAAGGUGUACAAACGCGGGGCUGUGGGAAGAUCUGUAGAUAUUACCCGUUAUUCAGGUUAUGAGGAGCUCAAACAAGAUCUGGCACGUAGGUUUGGGAUUGAAGGUCAGCUCGAGGAUCAACAGAGGAUAGGCUGGAAGCUGGUCUAUGUGGACCUCGAGAAUGAUGUCCUGCUUCUUGGUGACGACCCGUGGGAAGAGUUUGUGAACUGCGUCCGUUGUAUCAAGAUACUGUCCCCACAAGAAGUCCAGCAAAUGAGUCUGGAUGGAGAUCUUGGGAAGGCGUCCCUUCCCAAUCAGACUGGUAGCAGUUCAGACAGCGGAGACAUGUGGAGGACUGGGGGUGGCCAGUGCAAUCCAAACACCAACCCUUCUGCAGCGCCAUAUGACCACUGAGAUUGAUGGGCAGAAACCAAUUAGACGAGAGCUUUUAGAAUAAGAGGUGGUACUGGUAUGAUGUCAUGGCUGGAGAUGAUUUUUUUUAGGCCACCCGCUGAUCUUCUUUGCUGUGUGUCCAACCGAUCAAAUGCCGACAGCCUUUAGACCUCCACAAGACUGGAUUUGAAGAAAACUCAAUUGGGUAAUCAGAGGUUUUGGGGGCUCCAAAACCAGUUCUGAAGAUCAGAAGUGAGGUCAGACAAAAAAGCAGCAGAUUGGUUUCUAGUGUAAAUGUGUAGCUUUUUGUCCAUGUAAUGCUUAACACUAUGCCUGUUGUAAGAUUUUAUAUUAUUUUGCUUAAGCAAAAGCUUGAAAUUUGUA